AUCACAGGGUCUCUGUGUGUGUCCGCAUCUGACGUGUGUGUGUGUGUGUGUUCCUGGCUGCAGCACAGCAGUGAGGAUAUGUAGCUUCCUCUGCGCUGCUAGGCAGCCCAAGCUCAUUCUGCCGCAUGCCGCUUACCGCCACCAUUACGUAGAGGAAUUCCCUGCUGUCUCUGCUACUGCCGCUCACACAGAGUGAGUGUUGGCUGGAAAGAGGAGGACAAGACAGAGGAGACAUGCAUCAAAGCAACACUGGCUGAUGGAGGACAGAGCUGGAUUUCAUAUUGGAUUUUACAUGAAGAUGUGCAGUGUUUGGUUACAAGGGAAUCUCUCUGUUUAUGGGAUUGAUUGCUGACCUUUGUGCACCUGAAUUGCGCUCGGAUGUAAAAGAGAACACGGUGUAUUUAUGUCUGUGUGUGAGAGAGAGAGUGUGUGAGUGAUUGUGUCGGUGUUUGUUCCUGAUGCGGUCAGAGCGGGCUAGUCGUGUGUGUAUCGUGGUGCUGGAGGAGGUGGAGGAGGAUGAGACCUCCUCUUCACCCCCACCUCCCCGGCCCAAAUCAUCCCCAGAACGCAGAUCCCAUCAUGCCUCUCGAAGGGCAGCCGCUCAGGAGGACAAGACGUCGCUGUUAAGAGCCAUCUUCAACGUGGACACAGAUGAAGUUCGCUCCCUCAUAUUCAAGAAAGAGGAUGUCAACAUUCAGGACAACGAGAAGAGGACGCCUCUGCACGCUGCAGCCUACCUGGGAGACACUGAGAUUAUUGAGCUGCUCAUCCUUUCAGGGGCCAGAGUUAAUGCCAAAGAUAACAAGUGGUUGACUCCUCUUCAUCGAGCUGUCGCCUCUUGUAGCGAGAAUGCAGUGGCCAUGCUGCUGAAGCACAGUGCGGAUGUAAACGGCCGAGACAAGAACUGGCAGACGCCGCUCCAUGUUGCCGCGAGCAACAAGGCAGUGCGCUGCGCCGAGGCUUUGGUCCCGCUGCUUAGCAACGUCAACGUGUCUGACCGGGCGGGACGCACCGCCCUGCACCACGCGGCCUUCAGUGGACAUGUGGAGAUGGUGAAGUUGCUGCUGUCUAGAGGAGCCAACAUCAAUGCAUUCGACAAGAAGGACAGGAGGGCCAUCCACUGGGCAGCCUACAUGGGUCACCUGGAGGUGGUGAAGUUGUUGGUGGCCAGUGGAGCAGAGGUGGACUGCAAGGACAAAAAAGCAUACACUCCGCUCCAUGCAGCCGCCUCCAGUGGCAUGAGCAGCACCGUGCACUACCUGCUGAGCCUGGGGGUCCACGUCAACGAGAUAAACGGCUACGGCAACACUCCGCUCCAUUUAGCCUGUUACAAUGGACAGGAUGUGGUGGUCAGUGAGCUCAUUGAGGCAGGGGCCAACGUCAACCAGGUAAAUGAGAGGGGGUUUUCUGCCCUCCACUUUGCCUCCUCCUCACGUCAGGGGGCGCUCUGUCAGGAGCUGCUGUUGGCCCACGGAGCUCACAUCAACAUGAGGAGUAAGGACGAUAAGACUCCCCUCCACAUGGCAGCUACCCAUGGAAGGUUCUCCUGCUCUCAGGCCCUCAUUCAAAAUGGAGCUGAGAUUGAUUGCGAGGACAGGAGCAGAAACACUGCCCUUCACAUCUCUGCCCGCUACGGCCAUGAGCUCAUCAUCACAGCACUCAUCAAACACGGAGCAGACAUCGCCAAGAGAGGCAUUCAUGGGAUGUUCCCUCUACACCUGGCAGCUCUCAGCGGCUUCUCAGAUUGCUGCAGGAAGCUGCUGUCCUCAGGGUUUGACAUAGACACUCCCGAUGACUUUGGCAGGACCUGUCUACAUGCUGCAGCCGCUGGAGGGAACCUGGAGUGUCUGAACCUGCUGUUAAACAUAGGAGCAGACUUUAACAGGAAGGACAACUUUGGGAGGACUCCAUUACACUAUGCAUCAGCCAACUGUAACUACCAGUGUGUGUUUGCCUUGGUGGGCUCGGGGGCAAGCAUCAAUGAGCUGGACCAGAGAGGCUGCAGCCCCCUGCACUACGCUGCUGCAGCCGACACGGAUGGAAAGUGUGUGGAGUACCUGCUGAGGAACGAUGCUGACCCAGGAGUGAGAGACGGACAGGGUUACAGUGCAGUGCAUUAUGCCUCAGCGUACGGACGCACACUCUGCCUGGAACUGAUGGCAAGUGAGACACCUCUUGAUGUGUUAAUGGAGACAUCAGGAACAGACAUGCUGAGUGACUCAGAGAGCCAGGCCCCCGUCAGUCCACUCCACCUGGCGGCGUACCACGGACACUGUGGAGCUUUAGAGGUUCUCUUGUCCUCACUGCUGGACGUGGAUGUGUUCAGCCCAGAGGGCCGGACCCCUCUCAGCCUGGCCUGCUCCAAGGGUCACCAGGAGUGUGUCUCACUGCUGCUGCACCAUGGCUCCUCACCCAUGACCCGGGACUACGCACACAAAAAGACAGCUAUACAUGCUGCAGCUAUGAAUGGCCACCCAGAGUGCCUGCGUCUGCUCGUGAGCAACAACGACCAAAACAUGAAUGUGGACGUACAAGACAUCAACGGACAGACUCCUCUGAUGUUGGCGGUGCUGAAUGGACACACAGAGUGUGUGUACUCUCUACUCAGUCAAGGGGCCACUGCGGAGCAUCAGGACCGCUGGGGGAGGACAGCACUACACCGGGGGGCGGUGGCGGGCCAGGAGGAGAGUGUGGAGGCCCUCCUCCAGCGGGGGGCCGCUGUGUGUGUCAAAGACAUCCGGGGCCGCUCCCCUCUUCACCUGGCCUCCGCCUGUGGCCGUGUGGGGGUUCUGGGGGCCCUGCUGCAGGCCACCCCCACCAACUCCCUCACUCUCACGCACCUCACUGACAACCAGGGCUACACACCUCUGCACUGGGCCUGCUACAACGGAUACGAUGCUUGUGUGGAGGUGUUGUUAGACCACGAGGUGUUCAAGAGGAUUAAAGGCAACCCCUUCACUCCACUGCACUGUGCUGUUAUGAGCGAUAAUGAGGGAGUGGCUGAGAUGUUAAUUGAGUCCCUGGGCGCAGCUAUCGUCAACUCCACUGACCCCAAGGGCAGGACCCCACUCCACGCUGCAGCUUUUUCCGACCAUGUGGAGUGUGUUUCCCUGCUGCUGAGCCACGGUGCUCAGGCAAACGUAGUUGAUGCACACACUUGCAGCACACCGCUGAUGAUGGCAGCUCUAAACGGACAGACCAAUACUGUGGAGAUGUUGGUGAGCAGUGCUAAAGCAGACUUCACACUACAGGAUACAAACAGGAACACAGCAUUGCAUCUGGCUUGCAGCAAGGGUCAAGAGACGAGUGCCUUGUUGAUUCUAGAGAAGAUCAGCGACAAGAACCUCAUCAACAGCACCAACACUGCUCUCCAGACGCCGCUGCAUGUAGCAGCGAAGAAGGGGCUGACAGUGGUGGUUCAGGAGCUGCUGGGGAAAGGAGCCAGUGUGUUAGCAGUGGACGAGAACGGUUACACUCCGGCUCUGGCAUGCGCUCCUAACCGAGAUGUGGCCGACUGCCUGGCGCUCAUCCUCAACUCCAUGAUGCCCACCUCCCCCAUGGUCACCAUUGCAGCUUUGCCUGCACUUUCUCUUACUCACACAGUCAUCAACCACCACCCCACCAACAACCACGUCUCUAAAGGCGUGGCCUUUGACUCUCUUCCCCCUCUGAGGCCGGACCACGCCUCCUACUGCAGACCGGAGCGCCUGCUGUCUUCCAUCACCGGGGAAGAUGAACUGAAUGACUCAGAUUCAGAGACGUACUGAGGACAUACCUGCUAUUGGACCGAGCCCUACACUACUGGCAGACUAGCCAGCCACUCAGGAGCCUUAAAUGAUAACUGACAAAAAGCUAAAAGAGAGAAAACAGACGGGAAAUAGAGCAGACAUGCAGAUUAUUUUUAGAUAAGCUUCUUCAAAUCUAAAAAGAACCCCUUGUCUUACACCAUGUUUCUCUUAAGGUCACACGGGGUAAAAAAUAAUGUACUAGAAUAUAGAAUAAUGUGAAUACGGACUACAUUUCUCUCAGACAGCAUCACUGUAUGGUCUGUAACAUGGCCUAUAUCUUUUUCAAUGUAAAGCAAUGUUGUUUAUUCUUUUUGAAAUGAAGCUCCUUCUCUUUGCUGAUACUUCCUGGAGUGAUUUUAAGCCUUUUCACAGUUUUUUCUUCAACUAUUAUUAGAAGAGCAUCUACCGGAAAAAAGCUCAGUGUACUGCUUUUAUUCUUACAAUUGUCUAAAGAAAAAAACAGAUGGAAAAUGUAAUGGGACCAGGAGAUUGAUAGCUGUUUUCCCUUACUGUACUUUUGAGUUUUUAUUCAGAGCCUUCAUGGAAGACGGUCACAGCUGUCGGUCACGCACACUUUAUUGUUAUUGAACCACUUUUCAAUUCCUAAGAGAGGAAAUUAUUAUUGAAUCCUAUGAAUUUAUUCCAAGUGGAAAUGGAAUCCCUGGGAGCUGAUGAGGACAGCAGAUGGAUGGAAGAUUCAGUGUAUGAUUGGUCCAGGAUUUGAUUGAUGACCCGAAUGAGCGGCUCAAGGUACUUGUAACCUGCAAUGCUGUAACUACUCAAUGUCUUUGUACUGUACUGUAGACAGAGGAAAGUGGCUGACACUGUGUGUGUGUGUGUGUGUGUGUGUGUGUGUGUGUGUGUGUGUGUGUGUGUGUGUGUGUGUGUGUGUGUGAGAAAUUAAUAAAUAUUGCCUUUUUAGGAACAAGAAACUUUCAGACAGAGAUGAAUAAUACUGGCGCAUUGUUUGUAAAGAUUGUAAGUAAUUAACA